AUGGGGACUUUGAAAAAAACUCUUGAAAUUCCUAAGAAGAAAUCAUACAAUCAAUGGACUGAAGAAGAGACUGAUGAACUAUUGAAAUUAUUGGUGGAAACUACACUUCAGCAUCAGAAAGACAAGAAUGGAGCCUUUACUAAGAAAACUGUAGAGGAAAAAAUAUUACCAAAACUUAACCAAAUAUGCGAAUGUAACAGAACUUAUGAGAACUUCAAAGGAAAAUACAGAUGUUCUGGAUUCGGUUGGAACAAGGAUUUAAAGAUGAUUGACGACACUGAAGAAAUGUGGGAAGAUUACUUGGAGGUUGAAUGCAUGGUUUAUUUAUUUUUGAAUUGUGUCAAUUGCCACCCGAAUCAUAGUAGCGUUAGACUAGAAAAUGGCACAUACUAUGGAUACUUGCUUCCUGUUUUUGGAAACAAAUGUGCAACUGGAAAGUCACAGUUGAUCUCACUCAAGAUGGUACAAGUGCUAGAACUUCUAUGGAGGAAGGUGAACAUCAAGAUGAUGGCGAAGAUGUUAAUGUCGAUGCAUGUUAUCGUUAUGGAAAAUUCCAAAGAGAAAGCUAAAGAAAGAGAAGACCGCAAAAUUGAAAAGGAAAUCCGUAGACUUGAAACGGAUAAGAAGGAAAAUAAACUAUGGGAUAUUGUUUAUGCCAUGUCAGAAAUUAUGUUGGAACAAAAGCUCAAAGUGAUUGAAAUGCUCGAUAGCAAUCAUAAGAAGAACAUAUUUAGACGUUCUAAUGCUGAAGAGAGAAAGCUCUGGAUUGCUUCAAAGUUGCGAGAAUGA